UAAUCUGCUUUUGACAGCCAGUUGUGCGAUCUUUUACCCAUGAACUCUAUGAGGGAUCCAUUAAACACAGACCAUCACCACCUAACAGGGAAUAAACUUGCCUCCACUCACUACACGGCUCUGGCGAUGGCCUCUAGUUUACAGCCGCUGCAGCGGUCUGUGGACUCUAAACACCGGCUAGAAGUGCACACGGUGUCGGACACGUCCAGUCCGGAGUCAGUCGAAAAAGAAAAGAUCCAAAAUAAAAACGACGACUCCUCAGAUGACCCCUCUAAAAAGAAGCGGCAGCGGCGGCAGAGGACUCACUUCACCAGCCAACAGCUGCAGGAACUGGAGGCCACUUUCCAGCGGAAUCGCUACCCGGACAUGAGCACAAGGGAGGAGAUAGCCGUGUGGACCAACCUCACAGAGGCCCGGGUCAGGGUUUGGUUCAAGAACCGGCGAGCCAAGUGGAGGAAACGGGAAAGAAACCAACAAGCGGAGCUUUGCAAAAACGGCUUCGGUCCGCAGUUCAAUGGACUCAUGCAGCCCUACGACGACAUGUACCCCAGCUACACGUACAACAACUGGGCGGCCAAGGGCCUCACGUCGGCCUCCUUAUCUACCAAAAGCUUCCCCUUCUUCAACUCCAUGAAUGUCAACCCUUUGUCCUCGCAGACCAUGUUCUCGCCGCCCAACUCCAUAUCCUCCAUGACUUCCAGCAUGGUGCCAUCGGCGGUCACAGGCGUGCCGGGCUCCAGUCUCAACAGCCUCAAUAACUUGAACAACCUCAGCAACCCGUCUCUCAACUCGGGGGUGCCCACGCCGGCGUGCCCCUACGCGCCUCCGACCCCUCCUUAUGUGUACAGGGACACUUGUAACUCCAGCCUGGCCAGCCUGAGACUGAAAGCCAAGCAGCACUCGAGUUUUGGAUACGCCAGUGUGCAGAAUCCGGCGACUAAUCUGAGCGCUUGCCAAUACGCCGUGGACAGACCAGUCUAAUACCUACCUGCACUGCAAAAAAUAACCACCCUAACAAGUCAUUAGAGGCUGGUAGUGACGCUUUAAGUGUUAUUUUUCUCGCAAAAGGGGGGUAAGGAAAUCUGGCGAGGGGAUCAUUUUACCUUUUUUUUCAUGUGUUUAGGGAAAUUUCUUGAUCAACUGGCAUUUUCUUGGUACUAGCUGGAAUAUAUUCUGGCUUUUUCAUCAAGAUUCUGCCAUUGAACAUUCCCCCAAACGUUCAAGAAAAAAAAAAAACCUGUGAGAUUAUCCCCAUCGCGCC